CCCUCCCGCGCCGCCAUGGGCAGCCGCGGCGGCCCCCCGUGCGCGGCGCGCCCCGCGGUGGCGGAGGCGGGCCCGGCCCGGGAGCCGCUGCAGCCCCUGGACCUGCCCCCCAGCAGGAGGCGGCCCGCCGGCCCCGCGCAGGACCCGUGCGGCAGCCGCCCUGCCCCCGAGGGCGCCGGGGCCGGCGCCGAGCAGGGCCACGCGGCCGGCGGCGGGGGCUGGUGCCGCCACUGCCACACGAAGCUCGCGGAGCUCAAGCGACAGGCCUGGAAGCUGGUCAGCGGGCCCGGGACGCCCCUCCGGGACCCUUGCCUCUCGGCCCUGCUGCUGGACAAGCGCCCGGGGCCCGGGGCCCCGCCAUCCUGCCCCCCGGAGGCCGAGCGCCGCUGCACCGUCUGCUCCGCCCACCUGCACCCGCUCACGCGGGAGGCCCUGCGGCUGCUGCCGGCGCCCGCCGGCCGGGAGCACCCCGACGCCCCCCACGGAGGCCCUGGCCCCAUGACCGGCCUGAGCGAUGGGCCCGUGGUGGCCGGCCCCCCCGGGAGGCCGCCCGGCCGAGGGGGGCCGGACAGGAGGAAGGAGCCGGCCUGGGCUGCGGGGCCCAGCGUGCAGGUGUCUGUGGCGCCGGCCGGCCUGGGCGGGGCGCUGAGCACGGUCACCAUCCAGGCCCAGCAGUGCCUGGAGGGCGUGUGGAGCGUCUCCAGGGUCAACAGCAUCCUGCCCCCGUCCUGCCUGGCGGAGGCGGCGGUGGCCGCGGUGGCGGUGGCAGACUCGGUCCGCGACGGCCCUCCCUCCGGGGGCCCUGACGGGGUGUCCCGGCUGUGGGGCCGCGGGGGGGCCUGCACCACCGCCCUGGUCUCCCCGGCCCCCGGCCCCCCCGCGGCGGGCCCGGCUGCGGCCGCCUCCUUCUUCGUCAGGGCCGCCCAGAAGCUCAGCCUGGCCAAGCGCAGGAAGCCGCCCCCGCCGCCCGCGCCCGCCGCCCGCGCCUCCCCGUUCCCCACGGACUUCAGCGGCGCUCUGCAGCUGUGGCCGCCGCCCGCGCCCCCCUGCCUGCUCAGGGCCGCCGCCCAGGCCAAGGACCAGCCGGGCGGCCCCGGAAAGGUGAAGGCCAUGCUGCGGGUCUGGCCCGCCCCGGGGGCCCCGCGCUGCGCCGAGGCCGUGGGCUUCCUGAAGGUGGACCCGCGGAGGAAGCAGCUGACCCUGUACGACCCGGCCGCCGGGCCCCCGGGCAGCGCCCCCCGGCUCGCGGCCACCGCCCCCGUCCCCAAGAUGUUCGCCUUCGACGCCGUCUUCCCGCCGGACUCCGAGCAGGCCGAGGUCUGCGCGGGCAGCGUGGCUGACGUGCUGCAGUCCGUGGUCAGCGGGGCCGACGGCUGCAUCUUCUCCUUCGGCCACACGGGCCUCGGCAAGUCCUACACCAUGAUCGGGGGGGACAGCUCGCCCCAGAGCCUGGGCGUCGUGCCCUGCGCCAUCGCCUGGCUCUUCCGGCUCAUCGGCGAGCGCCGGGAGCGGACGGGCACCCGCUUCUCCGUCCGCGUGUCCGCCGUGGAGGUGUGCGGCCAGGGCCUGCGCGACCUGCUGGCCGAGGUGGCCGCCGGCAGCCUGCAGGACGAGCAGUCCCCGGGCGUGUACCUGCGGGAGGACCCUGCCAGCGGGGCGCAGCUGCAGAGCCAGAGCGAGCUGCGGGCGCCCACGGCCGAGAGGGCGGCCUUCUACCUGGACGCGGCGCUGGCGGCCCGCGGUGCCGGCGGCCCCCCGGACGCCCAGGGCUCCCACCUGCUCUUCACGCUGCACGUCUACCAGUACCGCGUGGAGAAGGGCGGCCAGGGCGGAAUGUCCGGGGGCCGCAGCCGCCUGCACCUCAUCGACCUGGGCAGCUGCGAGGGGGCGCCCGGCCGGGGCGGGGAGGCCCCGGCUGGUCCCCCGAGCCUGUCCCUGUCGGCUCUGGGCAGCGUCAUCCUGGCCCUGGUGAGCGGCGCCAAGCACGUGCCCUGCAGGGAGCACCGGCUCACCAUGCUGCUGCGGGAGGCCCUGGCGCCCGGCUCCCACGCCACCAUGAUCGCCCACGUCUCUGCGGCCCCCGCCCACCACGCCGAGACGCUCAGCACCGCGCAGCUGGCCGCCCGCAUCCACCACCUGCGUAGGAGGAAGGGCAAGUACGCGUCCAGCUCCUCCGGCGGGGACAGCUCCUGCGAGGAAGGCCGCGCCCGCCGCCCCCCGCCCCUGCCUGCCUUCCACGCCCGCUCCGGGGCCCCGGCCCCCGGCCGCCCGGCCCCCCGCUCGCCCGGCGACCCCGACUACUCCUCCAGCAGCGAGCAGUCCUGCGACACGGUCAUCUACGUGGGGCCCGGCGGGGCGGCGCUGUCGGACCGCGAGCUCACGGACAGCGAGGGCCCGCCCGACGCUGUGCCCAUCAUCCCGGCGCUGGGCCGCCGCUGGCCGCCCGGGGGCCCGCGCGACGCCGACCACUUCCGCUGCCGCACCUUCGCCGAGCUGCAGGAGCGGCUGGAGUGCAUCGACGGCAGCGAGGGGCCCCCGGGCCCGGCCCCCGCAGCCAGGAAGCCUUCGCCGCCCGAGGCCGCGGCCCCCAGGACGGCCCCGGGCAGCCCGCUGGCCGCCAGCACGCCCCAGGGCAGCCCCGGCCCGGACCCCCUCCGGGGCGCCCCCGGGGACCUGCAGGAGGACUGCGGCUCCGGGCCUGAGCAGCGGGGGCCGGACAAGGUCGCGGGCGGCGGGGGCAGGAGGCCGCUGCCCGGCCCGGCUCCUCCGCCCCCCGGGAAGCCCGCGGACGGCGUGGUCCGGACGCCCCCGGCGGGCGAGAGCGGACAGGGGGGCCGCGCCCGGCCGUGCGCGCGGGGCCUGCUGACAACCACAGUGACCCUGCAGCAGCCCCUGGAGCUGAACGGCGAGGACCAGCUGGUGUUCACGGUGGUGGAGGAGCUGGCCCUGGGCGGGCGCCCCACCAGCCUCGCCAGCCUCGGCAGCGACUGCUCCCUGCAGGCCCUGGCCUCGGGUUCGAGGCCCGUGAGCAUCAUCAGCAGCAUCAACGACGAGUUUGACGCCUACACUGCCCAGGCCCCCAGCUCCUCCAGCAGCUCCCGGCUCAGCGAGCUCAGCGCCUGCACCCCCUCCCGGGCCAGCCCGGACCCCUUCAGCCCCGACACGGCGGGGCCCGGCCCUCUGGACGCCCCGGGCCCGGCCAGCCCCCCGGAGGACAGCCACGAGGGGUCCUCGGAGAGCGGCAGCCCGGACGGGCCUGGCCCCGGGGCCGCAGCAGCCUCGGUCCGGCCGGGCAGGGAGCCCUGGGCUGGGUGCCCACACGGGGCGGCCCCGGCACAGACCAUCCACUCCAGCCUUCCCCGGACGCCCAGCGCCACCGCCGCCGCCCGCCGAGCCGGCUGCCCGCGCCUGGCGCUGAGCCCGCCGGGGGGCUGCGGGGCUCCGUCCGAGGACCCCUGGCUGCUCCGGGGGCACGAGCGCGGCUCGAGGAUGCCCGGCCCGGCCCCGCAGCCGGCCUGCGCCCGGAGGGUGGCGGACGGCUGUGAGGUGGCGGUCGGGGGGGCGCACCGGCCGGAGGCUGCGGCUGCCAUCCCUCCGCUGAGGCGGGGGGCCACCACGCUGGGCGUGAGCACGCCCGCCGCGCCCUGCGGCGAGGGCCCGGCCGAGAGGCCCGCCCCCGGCGGCAGGAAGGGCGCGGCCGCCAAGGGGCCCCUGCUCCCCAGGCCCGGCCCCGGCCCCCCCGCCCCGCCCGUGCGCAAGUCCAGCCUGGAGCCCAAGGCCGGCCCGGCGCCCGCCCCCGCCUGCCGCUGGGGCGAGGAGGAGGCCAGGCCGGGCGGGCGGGCCGACCACGCCGUCUCCAGGGCCGCGUCCAGCCUGAAGGGCCGGGCGGGCCGGGCGGAGGCCCCGUGCCGCCCCGGCGCCCACGGGUCCCUGGAGCGGGGCGAGGGGCCGGCGCCCGGCGGCGGGAAGGCCCGGGAGGCCGGCGGCAGGCCCGCGCGGGCGGUGCCCAGGCUGGGAGUGCCGCCCGCUGGGGCGCCCGUGCCCGCUCCCGCCUGCAGGGGCAGCCCGGUCAAGGGGGGCACGGGGCUCCCCAAGGCCCCGGCCGGCGGGAGCAGGGGCCGCAGCCCGGCGGUGCCAGGAGCGCCGGCGAAGCCGCUGGCCCCCGCGGCGGCCCCGAGGGCGGCUCCCCGGGCCGCGCCAGGCGCCGGGGCCAGGGCCGGCCGGGGCACCGUCAUGGGCACCAAGCAGGCGCUCCGGGCGGCCGGCGGGGGGCGGGGCCCGGCGGCCGCGGCGCCCGCGCUGCCCUCGCCCUACAGCACGGUGACGGCCCCCCGGCGGCCCCAGCGCCGCGGCAGCGGCCACGGCAGCGACAGCAGCAGCGUGCUGAGCGGCGAGCUGCCGCCCGCCAUGGGCCGCACCGCCCUCUUCUGCCACAGCGGCGGCAGCAGCGGCUACGAGAGCAUGCUGCGCGACAGCGAGGCCACCGGCAGCGCCUCCUCCGCGCCCGACUCCCCGAGCGACCGCGGGGCCGGCUCCCCGGGCGGCCGCGCCCGCAGCCUCAAGUCCCCGAAGAGGAGGGCCGCCGGCCUGCAGCGCCGCCGGCUGGUCCCCGCCCCGCUGCCCGACGCCGCCCUGGGCCUCCCCGCCCAGUGGGUGGACCUGCCCCCGGCCCUGGGCGCCGCGCGCGCCGAGCCCUUCGAGAUCAAGGUGUACGAGAUCGACGACGUGCAGCGGCUGCAGCGGCCCCGGCCGCCCCCGCGGGAGCCCCCGGAGGCCAGGGGGGGCCCGGAGCCCUCCCUGGACGCGGGCAAGGGCCCGGCGUGUGCCAGCGCGCAGCUGCGGCUGGCCGAGCGCAGGCAGCAGAGGCUGCGGGACGUGCAGGCCAAGCACCAGCUCCUGCGCGCGGAGCUGGCGGAGACGCGGGCCCGGCUGAUGGUGGAGCCCGGCCGGUGGCCAGCGCAGUUCGAGGUGGACCCUGCGCUGGCGCCCGCGUCGGCGGAGCACCUGGCGGCCCUGGAGCGCGUCACGGCGGCGCUGGAGCAGCACGUGAACUUGUGCAAGGCCCACGUGAUGAUGGUCACCUGCUUCGACAUCCGCGCGGCCGGCCCGGGGCCGCAGGAGGUGGACGUGUGAGGGGCGCCGCGGGGCGGGGCGGGGCGCAGCGAGAGGGGGCGCGGGCGGAGGAGGAUGUGGGGGCGGGGGGACGUGGAUGCGGGGCCCCGUGCAGGACGGGGCUGGAGCUGAUGGACACGAGGGCGAGGCGUGGGCGGAGAGUGAGUGUGCAGGUGACGAGGGGACUGUGGCCGCCCGGACAGCAACGCAAGUGCCUUUAACGGGAACCGGACUUCUCGUCCUUGACUUCGGUGCUAAGGACUCCAGACACCAGCAGCCACAGUGCCAGGCCCCGGGCGUGGCCGUGGGGCGGGCGUGGCUGUGGGGGCCGGCUGUGUUCCAGGUCCCUCUGCCGGACGCCCGUAGGGUCCGCCCACCCCAGGACCUGCUCCGUCCCAGGACCCGGCAGGCAGUGCCCAGGGCCCAGCCCACGUCACGUGGCACCUUCUCCACGGCAGGAAUUCUUACCAAAACCACAG